UCUCUCUCUCUCUAAACAAAACACCCUUCACAUUCAUUCUUUGCUUCUUCCCUUUUUUUCUUAUAUCACGAGAUCCCCAUCUCGGCCCUUUCUCUCAAUCUCUCUUUCUUUAAUGUCUUCUUCUUCUUCCUCCUCACAGCCUCUUCUUCUUCAGCUGCUUCUGGGUUUGUCUUUUUCUUGCACCCAUUGUUGUUCUUGGAGUAAAGGCCUCACUGGGUCUCACAUUGCUCACUCUCUGUGAAAAAAUCUCCAAAUUCGAAACACACAGACUGAAAAAAGAUUCAACCUUUAUUUUUUCUUUUUUUCCUCGCCGGAGUUUUGUUAUCGGAAAUGUCGCACUCCGGGAAGCCCAUUUCGGAGACAGGAGGAGGAGUCGACUCGCUCUCGGAUCGCCUCCGUGAGUCACUGAGUUGCGAGGCCAACAAGCCCGAUUUCCGAGAACUCGAUCUGGGCUCGCCCGUUUCGCCACUCCGGACCCACCAGAGUGGAGGCCUCGCCGCCGCCGCCGCCACAAGCAGCAGCUCCAGUUCGUCCGGAUCGGUCUCGGGUCGGAACCCGGUUGCCAAGAGAUCCGGUUCCGGUUCGGGGCCCACCACCACCAACAAGAGCCAUUCCGGCGAGCUCUCCCGGUCCAGCGAGAGCAGUCCCACGAACAGUUCCAAACCGGGUCAUAGGAGAUCCAAUUCCGGGUCAGCCCACCCGUUAAUCUACUCGGGUCAGAUCUCCUCCUCCUCCGCCGUCAACUCGUCUCCGAGAUCGAAUGUUCUCCCCACCGGGAACAUCUGCCCGUCCGGGAAGAUCCUCAAGGCGGGUAUGGUGCCCAAUCGGAGCUCCAGAACCGACGUCUUGGGCUCCGGGACGGGCGGAGACUUGAAGAGAGUGAUGGAGCCGGAAGAGGUCAAGAGAGCUGGGAAUGAGCAUUACAGAAGAGGCAAUUUUGCGGAGGCUUUGAGCUUGUAUGAUCGGGCAAUCGCUUUGUCUCCGGCCAAUGCCGCUUACCGGAGCAACCGUGCUGCGGCAUUGACCGGCCUAGGGCGGCUGGGGGAGGCGGUGAGGGAGUGUGAGGAGGCUGUCAAGUUGGAUCCCAAUUAUGGCAGAGCUCACCACCGUUUGGGGUGUUUGUUUGUUAGGUUAGGGCAGGUCGAGGAUGCCAGGAGGCAUCUAUGUUUUCCAGGGCUGCAGCCCGAUGCGGCUGAGUUACGGAAAUUAGAGGUAGUAGAGAAGCAUCUUAAAAAAUGCACAGAUGCCCGCCGUGUAGGAGAUUGGAAAAGUGUAUUGAGGGAAAAUGAUUCUGCCAUUGCUGCUGGAGCUGACUUUUCUCCCCAGCUCUCUAUGUGUAGAGCGGAAGCACAUUUGAAGCUCUACCAAAUUGAUGAUGCUGAAUCAGUCGUAUCAAACAUACCCAAAUUAGACACUUAUAUGACCUCCUCACAAUCUAAGUUCUUUGGGAUGCUUUCUGAAGCAUACACUUACUUUGUCUUGGCCCAAAUUGAGAUGGCAUUUGGAAGGUUUGAGAAUGCAGUUACUGCUGCUGAGAAAGCUGGAAAGAUUGACCCCCGAAACCUUGAAGUUGCUUCACUGCUUCAAAAUGUGAGAAUGGUGGUGAGAGCUCGUGCCCGUGGCAAUGAUCUCUUCAAAUCCGAAAGGUUCACUGAAGCAUGCUUAGCAUAUGGAGAUGGCCUGAGACUUGAUCCUUCAAACUCUGUUCUAUAUUGCAACAGAGCAGCUUGUUGGUUUAAGCUUGGGAUGUGGGAGCAUUCCAUUGAAGACUGCAAUCAGGCCCUAUGUAUUAAACCGAAUUACUCAAAAGCUCUUCUUCGAAGGGCUGCAUCAAACAGCAAGCUUGAAAGAUGGGUAGAUGCUGUUAGAGACUAUGAGGUUUUGAGGAGGGAGCUUCCUGAUGACAACGAAGUGGCUGAAUCAUUGUUUCAUGCUCAAGUUGCAUUGAAAAAAUCUCGUGGGGAAGAAGUGCAUAAUAUGAAGUUUGGGGGUGAAGUAGAAGAAAUAUUGGGUCUUGAGCAGUUCAGAGCUGCAAUAUGUUUACCAGGUGUCUCCGUGGUCCAUUUCAAAGCAGCAUCUGAUUUGCAAUGCAAGCAAAUAUCACCUUUUGUGGACACGCUCUGUGCCCGCUAUCCAUCCAUAAAUUUCCUCAAGGUUGACAUUGAAGAAACCCCAGCAGUUGCGAACAUUGAAAAUGUAAAGAUUGUACCAACAUUCAAGAUAUACAAACAUGGUAGCCGGGUGAAGGAAAUGGUGUGCCCCUGUCGUGAAAUGUUAGAACACUCGGUCAGGCAUUAUAGCUUUUAGAACUUAGAAAACUGUACUGUAAUUCUGCUUCAUCUCUGCUGUAUUUUUGCAUUUUUCUUGCUGCUUUCCAACCCCCAGUUCGAUAGGGAGCUCUUCCUCACAUCCCCUUCCAUUCAGCCUCCCCUGUCUAUUUACCAGCUACCUGUGCCAUAAUCAAUAUCACCAAAAAAUUCAGUUACCAGCCAAUGCCAUUGGGUUCCAGAGAAGUAGCUUAGUUCCUUUCUCAGUUUUCAUUUAUUCAUUCAUUCCUCAUUGCUCUCUGGUUCCAGUUCUUCCUCCUUUUUCCACCUCUCUCGUCGUCAUAUAAAAUGUAGGCUGGCCUGGAUACUGUUUACCCAGUUCCAGAAAAAAAAAUCCAUGUACAAUUGUUUAGUUCACCCUUGAGUGGGUUAGAGAGGUUGAGAGAGAGAGAGAGAAAGGGAGAGAGUGAGGGGGGUGAGAGAGGGUGAGUGAAGGAGUGGGAGGGAGAAAGAGAUGGCUGGCUGGUUGUAGAAGAGGAUUUGUACAUGUAUAUAUGUGAUAAUACAUGACAAAAAAAAGAAAAGAGAAUGGAAGUAUGGGAGGGGAUUAGAUGUCUGGUGGGUACUUACUGGGUUAGUGAAAGAAGAAUGUCUAUGAAUAUGUUACAUUAUUAUCAUCAUGAUGACUAUGAA